AACACAGACUCUCUCCCUCUCUCUCUCCUUCCGUGAUUCCGGCCGCCGCCAGUCUGCAAACGCCCGCCGGACAAUGACGAGGGUCUACCCGAACACCGCUGCUUCGUGCGUCGAUCUCCCGAGUCUUCCAGCCUGCUGUGGCGCCACCCGGGAGGAUGGCGCUGUGGUGUUGACGGUGUGGCGGAAGUCUCUUCUGUUCAGCUGCAACGGGUUCACGGUGUUCGAUGCCGAGGGAAACCUAGUCUUCCGAGUCGAUAUCUACGGCUCGGGGAGCGCCGGGGAACUCGUGCUCAUGGAUUCCGCCGGGAAGCCAUUGGUCACCGCCCGCCGAAAGAAGCUGAGUCUGGGGGAGACCUGGCUGGUCUACAACGGGGAGGACGCCGACAACCCUCUCUACUCCGUCAAGAGGCAGGUGAGCCUGCUCCAUUGCAAGGGCCUCGCGCACGUGACCCCGCUCCGCGGCGGCAGCGGCAGCGCCGGAUACGGGGUGGAGGGGUCGUACUCGCGGCGGAGCUGCACGGUGUACGACGAGCGGCGGCGGGCGGUGGCGGAGAUCCAGCGGAAGCAGGCCGUCAGGGGCGUCGCCUUCGGCGACGACGUCUUCCGCCUCGUCGUCCAAUCGGAUCUUAACACGUCUCUCGCCAUGGCCAUUGUGAUCGUCCUAGAUCAGAUGUUUCGAUAAGCGUGCUUCCUGAUCAACGGUUGCGAUUGAAGUUUGGAUCAAAGGCCUCUCUUGAAGAGCCUCUUGUCGAGCCAUGGUUUUCUUUUUUUAUUAAACCAUGGAUUAAUGAGAGGCACUCAAUAUAUGAGUGUAGAUAACUGCGUUUGCAAUAAAAAAAAUAUAUAUAUUUGGAAUAGGCAG